AACCACUUUCUUUUGCUGGACCUUCUUGUGUGCAUGUCCAGAGCUGGACUGUGCUGUGUUAGUGCUGAGCUCACAUCACAUGGGCACAAAGUUCCAUCAUCCAGCAUAGCUCAGUGGUAAAUCCUUUCCUUUCCAAGCAUUUGUUGCCUUUGGUACCUGCUCCCCUGUAAUUGGAAAGCCAUUUCCUGCCCUUUCAUCCUCUGCCUUUCUGAUCUCUGUAGCUGUUGGGGAUGUUAUCUAUUUCUGUUCUCUUGUCUCAUGUCGCUUUUGUCUUCACGCUUCCACUUCCUGAGCGUGCAGCUGGCCGGGCUGCUAAUCAACAAGGUCACAUUUUGAUGCACGUUGUUUUUAUGGGGGUUGGAAGACGAGUGGUUCCCUUUGGGUGAGAUGCGCAUUUUCCAGGUGAAUGCCGGCUGUUUGGAGAGCAGCGUUAAGUCUAAAUGCCAGCCCUUUCCCCGCAGCCUCUGUGAGUAACCUUAACUGGGUGCUGCUGUUACUUUAAAUAAGAACUCUCUGUGCCUCGCGCUGUAAGGUGAGAAAUUCUUCUGGGAGAGGACGGUGGUGACACUUGGAGCUCAUUGGUGGUGCUGGCAGCUUGGCAGGGAGCAGCAAGGAGGCAAGAAAGGGAGCAGACGCCUGCAGGGAGCUGUCAGCCUCCAGUUCUGCAAAGGAAAAGUGCCACUGGAGAAAGUAUAAAGCCCUGGGAGUAAGGACUGGAAAAAGAUGUGCUGAAGCCUCACACAUCAAAGAGGAGACGCUCGGAUCCUGCCUUGGUGGCUGUGUAACCUGGAGGGAAGGAGGAUAAGGAAGAACUUGCUGUAGCUCCCAGUUAACCGCUGUGUUCUCUGUUGGCUCUGCUGUUGGUGUCCUCCAUUCCUGGACGUUGCUUGAUGGGGAUCUCUGCUGCUGGAGCAGUCUCUGCACUCAAAGGCAGGAGAGCAGGGCUGGGAGAGGUGGCCUCUAGAUGCCGGAAAGGCCAUUUGUGUAAGCUCCUGGCAGAAGGUCUCUUCUGGAACAGCUGCUGGCUGUAGGCCCAUCAAGCUGAGGUUCAGAAUAAACCUCUGUGCAGCAUGUCUUCGAAGCAGGAGCAGAAGGAGACCCACCAGGCCAAUGGGGCUGUGCUGCCCGCUGUGCCCAUGGACUGCCUUGUCAGUCCGGACCGGGGGCAGCUGGUGGAACCCUCCAGUUUCUUGGGACCUGAUGGUGUCGGGGUGGAAGUGGUGGUGCUGGAGUCCCGUGCUAAUGCUAAAGGUGUGCGAGAAGAAGAUGCCUUGCUGGAAAAUGGCAGCCAGAGCAACGAAAGCGAUGACACCAGUACAGACAGAGGCCCUGAGCCAGCAUCACCGCUCAAGGAAACCUCCUUUUCCAUUGGGCUGCAAGUCCUCUUUCCCUUCCUCCUGGCAGGAUUUGGGACGGUCGCUGCUGGAAUGGUGCUGGACAUUGUGCAGCACUGGGAUGUCUUCAAAUAUGUGACUGAGGUUUUCAUCUUGGUGCCUGCACUACUGGGCCUGAAGGGGAACCUGGAGAUGACUCUGGCAUCUCGCCUGUCAACAGCUGCUAAUAUUGGCCAAAUGGACACACCCAAAGAGCUCUGGAAGAUGAUAACAGGGAACAUGGCACUGAUACAGGUUCAGGCUACCGUGGUUGGCUUCCUGGCCUCGAUUGCAGCAGUGAUAUUUGGAUGGAUUCCAGAUGGGCACUUCAGCCUUGACCAUGCUGUCCUGCUCUGUGCCAGCAGCGUGGCUACUGCUUUCAUUGCUUCCCUUGUCCUGGGCAUGAUCAUGAUUGGAGUCAUCAUUGGAUCCAGGAAGAUGGGAAUCAAUCCUGAUAACGUAGCCACACCAAUUGCUGCCAGUCUGGGGGAUCUCAUCACCCUGGCUCUGCUUUCAGGAAUCAGCUGGGGCUUGUACAAAGAGCUGGGGAGCAAAGCAUACGUGAAUCCUUUGGUGUGUGCCUUCUUCAUAGCCCUGCUGCCCAUCUGGAUCAUCAUUGCCAAGAAGAACGCAGCGACUCGGGAGGUGCUGUACUCUGGCUGGGAGCCAGUCAUUAUUGCAAUGGCAAUUAGCAGCGUUGGGGGUUUAAUUUUGGACAGGACGGUCUCAGAUCCGAACUUUGCUGGGAUGGCUGUCUUCACCCCUGUUAUUAAUGGUGUGGGUGGCAACCUGGUGGCAGUGCAGGCGAGUCGCAUCUCCACUUACCUGCACAUGAGUGGGAUGCCUGGAGAGAGCCCUGAAACAACCCCUCGCAAAUGCCCCAGCCCUUGCAGCACUUUCUUCAGCUCAGAUGUGAAUUCCCGCUCUGCUCGUGUGCUCUUCCUUCUAGUCGUGCCUGGACACCUGGUUUUCCUUUACACCAUCAGCUCCAUGCAAGGUGGACACACUACGCUCACCCCCAUUUUCAUUGUUUUCUAUAUGACGGCUGCACUCCUCCAGGUUCUCAUUCUGCUGUACAUCGCUGACUGGAUGGUGCACUGGAUGUGGGGCAGGGACCUCGAUCCUGACAACUUCUCCAUCCCUUACUUGACAGCGCUGGGCGACCUGAUUGGAACAGGUCUCCUUGCUCUCAGCUUUCAUGUCCUAUGGCUUAUUGGUGACCGGGACUCCGAUGUGGGGGAUUAGCUCUCCCUGCCACCCCUCCUCUCUGCUCUCUUCCAUUCAUUUUUGUCAUGAUUGUUUUUCUUCCACUCUUGCUCCCCUUCCUCCCCCCAUCCCUUACCCUGUCUCUCACGAGACUUCAUCUUUGAUACAGGAUUCUCAUUAUUUUCAAUGGGAAUUUUAUGUGGUUUCUAUUUCAAGCCAAGUUUGUACAGAAAAUAAAUCUAGUUUUAGGAAGGACGCGGGAGUGUAAUGAGACAAUCACUAAGUGCAAUUUCCUAGCAGUUGUCUGACCAGUGUUCCAGGGGAGCUGCCCAUCAGUCGAUGGAGCACACAGGAGCCCCCCCUGUCCCAGCUUCUGGAGGUGAAGGGCUGCUUUGUUCGCUUCAUAAGCGUUUUAAAUGCUGGAGAUGAAGUUAAGAUGGAUGUUGCUGAGAGGGCACCUGCUAGCAAAGUGCAGCCUUGUGGGUGAGGACAUGGGGAUCUCCUGUUUUCUCUGUCCUGUGACCCUCCUCCCUCGUGUUUUCUCCCUGCACCCCCUCACCUGUGCUUUGCUCCCAAAACAUGCAGCUCUCUGGUCCAGAGUUGAUCCACUUUUGUGCAUUCAGGAUUGCUUCCAGCUGCAGCUGGGCAGGAGCUGCUCAGUACCUUCCCUUGCUGAGUAUGAAACUCGGGAGCAUCAUUGCUGCUGCUGUCUCUUAGAAGAUGCCAUCUGUGUUCAGCCUUUGGCUUUCCCUGUAUGCGUAGGAGGAAGCAGGAAAACAGGUCAGCAGCACAGCCUGACUUGUGCAGCCAUGCACUGUCAGCGCAGCACUCUAUGUGGCUCUCAGCAGAGCACCCUGCUUGCUUCAAGCUGCACUUGCAGCCUGGGGUUGGUGACAGCCCAGCAUGCCAGCAGAGGGGCUGAGCACUGUGAGCCUUGUUUCCCUCCUGCUUUUUGUGUUGCCCAGCUGGGAGGUGGCCAGGAAAACCUGCCGUUCCUCCACCUGUGCUCCCCGGGGGGAUUCUCAUGCAGCAGCAUAAUGAGAGAAAACCAGUUCUGGUUGUGUGACUGAGGCGUUUGUAAUACAAUCACCUUCCUGGGUGCUGUCAGAGCUUUUUACUUUUCCCAUUUGGAUAUAAAUCAAUUCAGUGAGCUGAGCACAGUUUAUUUAAGCGAGUCUUAUUGACUUGGAAGCUUCACUCAAUGAUGUGCUCAGCAGGCUCUGAUGCAAACUGCAUGCAUGGGAGAGAGCUCCUAAUGUUGGUAGGGGUGGGGAUCAUAGUGUCCCAUGGGACCCAGUUUUGGUGCUGCAGUGCCCAAAGCACAGGGAGAUGCCCUUAAAGGACCAGAGCUCACACUGCAGCCCUGUGCCUUUUGUGCUGCUGCAUUUCCUCUUUGCCUGCAGAUCCAGGGCCAUCACCUGAGAGCUGCAGGAUCUGGGGUCACCUACAGGCUGCUGCUUUUCUUCUUCUGUCUUGAAUGGCUUCAGUUCCUCCCUUAGGUUACCUUCAGCAUUUCUGGCACAAAGAGGCAAUGCUCCCCUCCUCACCUUGCUGAUGUGAGGCUCGCCUUCCCCCUCUCCAUCUCUGUGCUGUCCCCUUAGUGGCAGUAGCUCUGACCCUCCUUCUGUCUCCUGUAGUUGACUUUGGCUGCUCGCAGGUCUGAUUCAGCCACAGCUCUGCACGAAAACACAAAGGAAAACCAAAACAUCAGAACAACCAACCAAACUCAUACCCCAAAGCAAGAAGUCUGAGCCUGGGGGCUCCUCCAGCAUCCUCUGCUCUCACCUCCUAUCCCUGCCUGAUGCUGAGGGGUGGGAUGUGAGAUUUCCUUCUGCUGCCAUGUUUGUGUAUGGCCGUGCCAUUACUGCUCUGUGCUGUGAUGCCAGGGUUUGGUUCCCUGAGAAAGCAGUGGUGUCAGAGGGAGGAUCUCCCAUGGUCUCCUAUGGGUGCUGAGGUGCUGUGGGGUGAAUGGGAUGGGGCAGGAUCUCAUUUAGCAUCUCAGCACAUGGACAGCCAAAAGCUUUACCCAUCACUUGCACUCGGUUGCACAGCCCACCUUACAGCUGACUGCAAAUGAGAAACGCCGGGUUGAGCUCUCUUUGUAUUAAAGAAAAAACAAAGCAAAGACUUGUCUUAAUUAUUUAUAGCUACUGUAACUGGAUUGACGGAUGUCAACUGCUGAUAAAUUAUAUUUCCUUAAAUAAAGAUGACAUUUAUUUAUGCGGA